AUGGAGAAUCAGACUGUAAUUUCAGAAGUUUUAUUAGUUGGAUUUCCGGGGGUUCCUGAAGACCUCCACAACCUUGUGGCCGCUGUGAUGUUUUUGGUUUACCUUUUCUCCCUUACCGCCAAUGGUAGUGUCAUAUGUUUGGUCACCUUGAAUGUGUGUCUUCACCAACCCAUGUAUCUGGUAAUAGCUAACCUCGCUGCCUCUAAUCUCUUGUUCGAUACGGUUACAUUACCAAAACUCAUUGCCCGAUACUGGUUCGGGUCUUCUCUUAUUAUCUUCAAGGUGUGCAUCUUCCAAAUGUUCUGCGUCCAUUACCUUGGAAGCAUUGACUCCUUCCUUCUUAUGUUGAUGGCUGUGGAUCGCUAUAUUGCCAUCUCCCAACCCCUCAGAUACACUUUGAUUAUAACCAAUAAGAGAGCGCUCAGUACUUGCUUCAUUUUUUGGCUUUUGGCCGCCACAUCUACAAAUGCAACUAUCGCUACUCAGGCUUCCCAAAUUGUUUUAUGUGGCCCAUCUCCCAAAAUGAUAAACACACUGUUUUGUACCCAUGCAUCAAUCAUGGCAUUAGCAUGUACAGACGUCACCUUCAUCAGGAGUGUGUCCUUUGUCAGCGCUAUGGUGGUGCUACUUGUCUGUUUAGGGAUCAUUGUACUCUCCUACAUCUUGAUCAUAGUGGAGAUCGCCACAUCCUAUCGCUCUGAAAAUUGGCGCAAAGCCUUUUACACCUGCACAACCCAUCUGCUGGUGGUGGCCUUGUAUUAUGCACCUCGACUCUUUCUCUACAUAGUUUCUAGCAUUUUUAACACUUCUGUAAUAAUUAUUAAGCCAGAAAUCAAUGCCCUCCUCCUCUUUCUUUACUCUGUUGUCCCACAUAUGGCCAAUCCCGUUAUAUAUUUCCUUAGAACAAAAGAAAUCAGACAAACAUUUGCCAAAGUUCUUCAGAGAGUCAAAUACAGGGUUGGCCAUAUGUAAAUUUGUUAAUAUAAGGAUUGUGUGAGG